GAUAUGAUAUCGCAAUGUCACAACAACCAAGUUGGACGGAUUAUUCAUCAACCGGUUGCAACAUCGACGUGUUCAAGACCUUCUCCACCGCGUUGAUGACGCCAUCCCCGGCGCCGGAAUUCUCAACCCGUCAGGCGGACUACUUAUACCAGAGAAAUAAGACGCCUUUCAGGCCAUCUUUGUCUCGCUGCGUCCAUUCAAUUUCCAGUCCCAGCCAGUGCCGGCCAUACAUUUAUCCCGUGCGAUUAAUCCGCCAUACUCUUUCCAACAUCUCCCGAGACAAGGCCUCCCUCCCAGAUCGAUCCAUCCCACCAGCUACCAUGGCGCCCGGCCUCCUCGUGGACGACGCCCAACAACAGCCUCCCCCUUCACCACUCAAGCGCAACGAUAACGCGCCCCGCCACAUUUUCCCAGAUGGCAUCCGCACCUCCGGCCAACACCCGCCCCUCUACCACCUCCUCAAGCCCUACUCCGCCUUCCCCAAGGAAAUCACCGGCCCCACAGUCUGGCAAGCCUCCGACUUCGCCUCGCACCCGGAGCGCUGGGUGCACGAGCUCACGCCCGCCGAGAUCGCGGACCUCAGCGCAGCAGCCGACGCGUUCAUCGCGUCGGGCACGCCGCUGACGGGCAUCUCGCAGGCGACCUUCCCGCUGCCGGCGCCGCUGCGGCAGACGCUGGCCGCGCUGCGCGACGACCUGCUCAACGGCAAGGGCUUCGUGCUGUUCAAGCACUUCCCCGCGGACGCGUGGCCGCCGCUCAAGACGGCGGCCGCGUUCAUGGGCCUCGGCGCGUACCUGGGCUACUUCGUGUCGCAGAACGGCCGCGGCCACGUGCUGGGCCACGUCAAGGACGUGGGCGACGACCCGGCGCGCAUCGACAGCGUGCGCAUCUACCGCACCGCCGCGCGGCAGUUCUUCCACGCGGAUGAUUGCGACGUGGUCGGCCUGCUGUGCCUGCACCGCGCGGCCGAGGGCGGCGAGAGCGAUAUUGUCAGCGUGCACCGCGUGUGGAACGUGCUGCAGCGGGAGCAUCCCGACGUGGCGGAGCUGCUGACAAAGCCCGUGUGGUAUUUUGAUCGCAAGGGGGAGGUGUCGGACGGGCAGGAGGAGUGGAUCCGCCAGCCGGUCGUGUACCUGGAGAACGGCGGCCGCGGGCGGGUGUAUUGCAAGUGGGAUCCGUACUACGUGCGGAGCCUGACGAGGUUCUCGGACGCCGGCAAGGUGCCGCCGCUGAGCGCCGAGCAGAUCAGGGCGAUGGAGAUCCUCGAGGCGACCUGCCAGCGCGAGGCGCUGCACAUGGUGCUCGAGGUGGGCGAUAUCCAGUUCGUCAGCAACGCGCAUCUGCUGCACGCGAGGACGGCGUAUAAGGACUUCGCGCCCCCGGCUCCGAGGAGACAUCUUCUCAGGCUGUGGCUUGCUACCCCUGAGGGAGAAGGGGGCUGGGCCCUGCCUAUGCCUGACAGCCACGAGAAAAAGCGCGGCGGUGUCCAGGUGAACGACACGCCGCCCAAGGCACCGUUGGACGCGGAAUGAUGGGCUGCUUGGGGUAAAAUCAGGUGUAUUUUAGCGUGACGAGACUAUGACAAUUCGAGCGCAUCGAAUCAAUGAAAUGGGAUCCCGCUGCUAGCUACCGCCCAAGACACCAGGUCGCAUACGUAUAGAUACGUCGAUCCCAUGGUAGCUCCGGAGGCUAGCACAAAACUUGUUGAGAGGUGAUACUGAUCUCUGAGUCAGAAAAGUUCAUGUCGGUACUCUCAACGCCUAGCGUCGAGGGAA